GGAGAAAGGGAACAACUUUAAAAUCAGAUGUGUAUAUUCCAAUCAGAGCCGUCGGAGAACAUCAUGAGUUUGCUCUGCCUCGUCUUUGCCUUGAGCCUUUUAGGGGUCCGCGGCUUGGGCGACCCCGGCCCUUUAGAGGACGUCGUCAUUGACAGAUAUUACAUCCCCAAAGUGUGCUUGCGAGAAGUCCAGAUGGGCGAUUUCGUCCGCUACCAUUACAACGGGACCUUUCAAGACGGCACCAAGUUUGACUCCAGCUAUGACCGAGGCGCCACAGUGGCCGGUGUGGCAGGUGUGGGACGGCUCAUCACUGGCAUGGACAGAGGUCUUCAGGGCAUGUGUGUGAAUGAGCGAAGGCAUCUGAUUGUGCCGCCUCAUCUUGGCUAUGGCAGCAUUGGUGUUGCCGGUCUGAUUCCCCCGGACACCACCCUCUAUUUUGAUGUCAUCUUGCUUGACAUUUGGAACAAGGAAGACAAGCUGCAGAUCACCACCCUGUACAAACCACAACGUUGCAACCGCACAGUAGAGAAUUCAGAUUUUGUGCGUUACCACUACAAUGGCACGCUUCUGGACGGCACCCCCUUUGACUCCAGCUAUGGCAAAGGCAAUACUUAUGACACCUAUGUGGGUUCAGGCUGGCUGAUCAAAGGCAUGGACCAGGGCCUGUUAGGCAUGUGUGCUGGAGAGAAGCGGACAAUAGUUAUCCCCCCAUUCCUGGCCUACGGAGAGAAAGGCUAUGGUACUGUCAUCCCCCCUCAAGCCUCACUGGUUUUUGAUGUUCUUCUGGUGGAUCUGCACAACCCAAAAGAUGGCAUUUCCCUGGAGCAUUUGGAAGUGCCCGAGUCAUGUAAGCGCAAGGCUGUGACUGGAGAUUUUGUGCGAUACCAUUAUAAUGGCACCCUGAUGGACGGAACCCUCUUUGAUUCCAGUUAUUCACGGAAUCACACUUAUGACACAUAUAUUGGAAAAGGCUAUAUUAUUCCAGGAAUGGACCAAGGACUACAGGGGGCUUGCAUUGGUGAAAAGAGAAGAAUCAUCAUCCCACCCCACUUGGCUUAUGGAGAAAAUGGAGCAGGGGACAAGAUCCCUCCCUCAUCUGUUCUCAUCUUUGAUGUCCAUAUCAUUGAUUUCCACAACCCCACAGACUUCGUAGAGAUAGAGACUACAUACAGGCCUGCGGACUGUAACAUCACCACCCAGGACAGGGACUUUGUUCGCUACCAUUACAACUGUUCCCUCCUGGAUGGCACCAAGCUUUUCUCUUCCCACGACUACGAACAUCCUCAAGAAACCACUCUGGGUACCAACAAGAUUAUUGAAGGUCUAAAUAGCGGCCUGCUCAACAUGUGUAUGGGAGAGAAGCGGAUCGUCGUCAUCCCUCCACACUUGGGGCAUGGAGAAAGUGGUGCCCGGGGUGUACCUGGCAGUGCUGUUCUCCGCUUUGAGAUAGAGCUUUUACACCUGGAAGCUGGUGUUCCAGAAGGAUAUCUGUUCAUCUGGCAUGAGGAGUCACCAGAAAAUCUAUUUGAAGCCAUGGAUCUCAACAAGGACAAUGAAGUCCCACCUGAUGAGUUCUCAACAUUUAUCAAGUCUCAGAUUGCAGAAGGCAAAGGUCGUAUUAUGCCAGGCACUGACCCAGAAAAGGUCAUUGCUGAUAUGUUCCAAAACCAAGACCGUGAUAAGGAUGGGAAGAUUACAGCAGAGGAGCUGAAGCUGAAAUCCGAUGAGGAGCAAGCAAAAGCCCAUGAGGAACUUUAAAAGAGAGAGAACUUUGGCAUCCUGCUGUUUUGUUUUUUUAAAAAAUUGUUUGUUUUAAAGCACUCCAAUGUGGCACUAUUUUCCCAAGGGGCUGGUUGCUCCCCAACUCUUCUCUAAGAGACUAUGCUGAGGGAAGCCAACAUGUUUUGUUCCCCAUUUGGUACCUCUUUGAUAUUGCUUUUUUUGAGAACUAUUUAACCAAGGUUCUGUUUGAACAGAACAAACCAAAACCAGGGAGUUAACACCACCAUGGUAGAAGAUUUCCUGAUCCAUUGGUUCUGUCUUUUCUGAGGAACCCCAGCCCCAACCCCUCAUCAAAUCCUCUAUGUUUCUUCAGUCACUUGUUGAUACAAAUUGCCCUGGGCAGAAGCUGUGAAGUUAGCGCACUCUGAGAUCCAGAACCUCUGGGUACUUACUGUGUGUACUCCUGUCCACAUCAAAUAAAAGCUGAAUUCUGCAGCAGGGAAACCUGAACAGGGCAAGUGGAACUAAACAUGCAAAUUCUACAAGCUUCUUGUCGCUUAUUCUGCUUUCAGGUUUUCAAGGUUUAGGGCCUUGUGGAUCUUAUUUAUUUUUCCUCCUUUGUAAGGAUUAGAGAAAUUGGCAAUCCUCUGUGUUUCUGAUAUUAUUUUCCUGGCAGUGUUCCUGUGCAUUUUAAAAUCUGCAUGACAGCCCCUGCCCCCAAUCCAACCAGUGUAGCAUUUCCUUAUUGCUUAAUCUCCAUGCCAGGAAAGUCUGUACCUGUUGAAUUUCUGUAGCAGCUGUUCAAAAGAUGCAGCAGUCUUAAGUAGCAGCUUUAGAAAUAAGUAGAUAUUAAAAGGACAGAGGGUCAGUAUACAGCAGCCACAGGGGUAGGGUAUGGAAAUUUGCUGGGCAUUAUUGCCUCACUCUCUACCCCAUGGGAUUUUUGAGCAACACCUCCCUCAUUUCCAGGAUUUCAACUGCUGCUACCUUCCAGAAUUUCCUCCAUAGCUAAUGAGCAGGCUAGAUUCAAACUUCUACUUCAGCCACCAGAUUCUGUGUAAAAAUUAGCUGAAUAGCAAAUGACUGAAUUCUGGAGGCACUCUCUUCCCCCACCCCUUUAAAAAAAAACACAAACCCACCUUAAAAUGUUUGACACAUGUUGAUCCUGUUGAGUGCUUCUUCCUCAUUACCAUUAUGAGGAAGGAAUGACUGUAUGUCACUAUGCACCACUGAAGUGUGAGGGAGAUUGGUAUCUUGCAAUCUCACUUUUCAAUCUCUUUAUAAAAUGCAAAAGCAAGUUUGUAGUUUUCACUGCAGGAGGCAGAAUUUGGAAACAAGUUUGGUGAACUCUUGAAACUUUAUAGAAGAUUAAUGAGGAUUCCCUACACCAUCAAAGGGUGGGGCAUGAGCAUAGCUUCCCCGCACCAUUCAAGCCCUGCUUGCAUCCUAUUAGUCAAAAAAAUCCAAGUUGUUCAACAUCGAGAAAUCUUGGAAGCAGCAUAAAAACUGCAAAGCAAACAGCAGUUCUGAAUUCCAAAUUUGGGUUUAUGUUUUUCUGAUGUGGAGUACACAUAAGCCCUACCUGUGGUAUUGUGGUUCACAAUCAGCCAUUGCAGCGUUUAUCACACGAGCGCUCUCUGGAUAUCUGUCAGUACCCCAGGUUUUGCAAAGGAUCUUGCCCUACCACUGGGGAUCCAGAUUCAUAGAUAAUGCUCAAAGUACCCCAGAUGUAUGUGGUUUCAUGUAGCUCAGCAGGAGAUGUUCCACAGUCAUCGCCUCGGAAAAGGAACGUGGUACCCAUCUUUGUUGCAAGUCUAGUCUACAGAUGAUUCGCUGCUUUGCCACUGUAGCUAUGCAUUUAACAGUGGCUUGAUCUGCAACCAUUAGCUCAUAAUGCCAUUUCUUUCCAUGUUGGAAAAAAGCUUCACCUGCUGAUUUCUAGAAAUCAAGCUGCUGUUAAAGGCACAAGAGCAGGCUUGGGCAGCUUCUACCCACCCCCAGUCAGUUAACAACAACCCUACGUAAAAGCCUGUUGAUUUAUGGGCUUCAAAACUGCAGCCCAAAUCACAGUAUACUAGCUGCCCCUUACAGUUCCCCCUUCACUCUUCUUCUCAUAGGAACAUAGGAAACUGCCAUAUACUGAGUCAGACCGCUGGUCUAUCUAGCUCAGUAUUGUCUUCACAGACUGGCAGCAGCUUCUCCAAGGUUGCAGGCAGGAAUCUCUCUCAGCCCUAUCUUGGAGAAGCCAGGGAGGGAACUUGAAACCUUCUGCUCUUCCCAGAGUAGCUUCAUCCCGAGGGGAAUAUCUUGCAGUGCUCACACAUCAAGUCUCCCAUUCAUAUGCAACCAGGGCAGACCCUGCUUAGCUAUGGAGACAAGCCAUGCUUGCUAUCACAAGACCAGCUCCAGAAAGCCUUCCACUUAUAGACAUAAUCCCAAUAUUGUGUGCACACAUCUCCUUCCAAGCAACUCCCAUCCUCACUUUUUUGCCCAACCCUGUUGAUUUUUAUGCAGAAUGACAGAAUUCCAGACUAGCAUUUUGCAGGUAAGGGAUUGUAUUUUGUUUUAAAAUGUCCCUCUACCUUUCAGAACAAGACAGCUAUCUCUCUUCCAUAUCCAGGAGAGAGCUCCUCCAACACUCUUUUAACUGAUGUGUAAGUUUUUAUCUGCAGCACAUCUGCAGAUAAAACAUCUGUGGUACAGUCUAGUGUUCUACCACCGUGUUCUGAGUAAUAUAUAGAAUUACUUGGCUCUGAUUGGUGGCAUUCAUUGUAUCCAGAACAACCCCCAGUGAGAUUGGGUUUGCUUACUCAUAGGAUCUGCAUUAAUAUUAGUCCUUUCAAUACUUGCACAUUUUCUGUAAUGUUGCUUUCCCUUCAGAGGUUGGUUCUGUGCCAGGUCAUUCAUCCCAAUUUCUCUGGAAGGAAUGGGAAUAUUCAGAGCUUGCAGAAUACUGAGCUAGAUGGAGCAAUGGUCUGACUCUAUAAGGCAGUUUCCUAUGUUUCUAGAAAUAGGCUCAAGACAAGUGGCUUCCCUUCAGCUUUGAAAAUUGCUGCUUCUUCAUUAUAUAUUAGGGAGCCAGUAUGACAAGAGAUAUGUAGAAGACCAUGCAUCACCAAAAAUAAAACUAUGACAACCAUUUUGUCUAUGCCUGCCGCCAUCUUGGAAGUGGGUGCAUUCAUGUCACAGUGCCACUGCAUCAUUAGCAACAGGAAUCAAGAUGGCAGAGGUGUCUAGCCAUUGCCUCAUAAAGUUUGCCAUGAUACUUCCCUUGCAUAUGGAGGCAAUGUUUAUUUUGAACAGGGGGCAAAGAGUUGAGCAAUGAAAGACGAUCAUGACAGACAGCUGAGCAAUUAAAAAUAUAAUACCCAAAAUGUAAAAAUAGGACAUUUCUGCUUUAUUAUCUUUAGACAUGUCUUUUGAAUAAAACACAGUUGAACUUA